GCGGGAAGUAGUCCGUUCAUCCCUGAAAAGGCUGUUCAAUUUCUGCACUGAUCAACGCUAACAGAAUGGGCGUAAAGGGUUUAACGAAGCUUUUGGCGGAUAAUGCCCCUAAAGCUGUAAAAGUGCGUAGCUUCCAAAGCUAUUUUGGCCGCAAGAUUGCCAUCGACGCUAGCAUGAGCAUUUACCAGUUCCUUGUUGUCGUGGGAAGAAGUGGGACUGAGAUGCUCACUAACGAGGCUGGUGAAGUAACUAGUCAUUUGCAAGGCAUGUUUACCCGGACAGUCAGACUUCUAGAAGCUGGAAUGGAGCCAGUAUAUGUGUUUGAUGGGAAGCCGCCUGAUCUGAAGCAGCAGGAGCUGGCUAAACGUUACUCAAAGAGGGCUGAAGCUUAUGAGGAUUUGUCAGAGGCCAUUGAGUCUGGCAACAGGGAAGACAUUGAAAAAUUCAGUAAACGGACUGUCAAGGUGACGAAGCAGCAUAGUGAAGGUUGUAAAAGACUUUUAUCACUCAUGGGAGUGCCUGUUAUUGAGGCGCCAUCAGAAGCUGAAGCACAGUGUGCUGCACUUUGCAAAUCUGGAAAGGUUUAUGCAGUGGCUUCUGAAGACAUGGAUUCGUUAACAUUUGGAGCUCCUAGAUUUCUUCGCCAUCUAAUGGUCCCUAGCUCAAAGAAAGUUCCAGUUAUGGAAUUCGAAGUUGCCAAGGUCACUAUAUUGGAGGAGCUAAAUCUGACCAUGGAUCAGUUUAUUGACUUGUGUAUUCUUUCUGGGUGUGAUUAUUGUGGAAGCAUUCGAGGUGUUGGUGGUAAGACUGCUUUGAAGCUCAUUCACCAGUAUAGCUGUAUAGAGAACAUAUUGAAGAACAUCAAUAAAGAGAGGUACCAGAUACCUGAUGAUUGGCCAUAUCAGGAGGUUAGGCAGCUUUUUAAGGAACCAACUGUCUUAGCUGAAGAAAGGCAACUAGAUCUUAAGUGGACUGCUCCCGAUGAAGAAGGUUUAGUGACAUUUCUGGUAAAUGAGAACGGAUUCAACAGAGAGAGGGUGACAAAGGCGAUGGAAAUAAUUAAAGCUGCAAAGAACAAGUCGUCACAAGGCCAACCAGAAUCUGUUUUUAAGCCAAUGGCCAACUGCUCUACACCCAUUAAACGGAAGGAAAAAAAAGGUAGUUGGGGAGGUAUUACCACACAAGGCUCCGGGUUUAAAAUUGUUAUUUUGUUUUCUGUGGAUGUUGAUCUAUCUGAGGAUAAGCCAAUGAUUGUCAUGAGGCACAGAGGGAGCAAAUGCAUGCUUAGAUCCUUUAAACCAGCAACUAAGCGUAAGGUUUUAUCCCCACAACUUUAUAACUGGUCAAGGCCCAUGGUUAUCGGCAACCUGGGCAUUGCCUCCGCGGAUUUCAAGCUAUCUGUCAUGAUGUAGAGGCGUCUGCUUUGGUUCCUCGAACUCAAUAACUCGGGUGGCCCUCAAAGCCUUUGUGCUUUUUACACAAAUUUAUUUCUAGUAAUCAAUGGAAAAGUAUUAAUACAAUAAUUGAACCAUGAACUAAUUAACCAAUUUUGCAUUAGAAUUCGCGUAACAUCAAGCCUCGCUCCGAUUUGGCUUGGCUGUGGUUGGUGCUUUCUUUUUUGGGGCGUAGAGGCUUGUGUAUUGUUCACUGCCAUUAUAAAAGUGGAUCGUGUUAGUGGACCUGAAAUAAUAAAACAAUACUCCUAUUUCUGAAUUCCCAAGUUCUCCAUAUAUGGGGAAUGGGGAUCCAUCCCUUGACGAGGGCGUUAUUUCCUCUUUUGACAGUGAACACCACUGAAUGCUGCUAGACAAACUGCCAAACAGACCAAGGCCGGUGGUGGUGAAAAAGGGCUAGUUUCAUGUUGCGAAAAAUCUGAUCCGGGGUAUUUGCUUGUUGUUCGUGGUAAACAUGUGCGUCAUUCAGCUCUGAUUUGUUCUAUUUUAUGAUAAUUUACAAGGGAUUGCCGUUUUCAUUCCUUGGUAUUCUGCAUGUGAUGUAGUGUUGUGGAUUUUUUUUUGUUGCCCUCGUGUUUGUUUUGCACAAAUAUGGCCGUGGAUAUUAGUUGGUAUAUUUUUCAC